GUUUAUCGGAUAAUAACGUUUAAUUAUAGAUACACACGGCAAUUAAACUCGAAAUGGCGCUAUUUUUUUAUAAACAAUACAGGAAAAAAUUACUGUAAAACUACUGACUUAUUAAACCAAAAGUGGGAAUCGAUCGAGAGAUGGUGUGUUUCUCAAAUUCCCAAAGCUCAAAGGCGAUUUCUCAGAAACGUUUGGUAUGUAUUUUACCGGGUUCAAAAUGACCACGACAAUAAUAUUGUCCGUGUCUUAAAGCCUUGCGCGCACCUAAUAGAUAAUAAUUUAUUAGGUGAACACAAAUAUUUUCAAAACAGAUAAGAACUACGUAUGUGUAUGUAAAUAUAUAAAUACUAUACCGUAUUAUACGGUUUGUUUCAUAAUUAUAUGUUCCAUUGUUCUCGCUAAAUGAUAACACUUUUUUUUAACAAAUUUUAUUUAACACAUGUAUAAGUAACAAAAAAAAAAAAAAUGGUUUGUUCAUUAACGUAAUAUUAUAAUUAUUAAUAUUUUGUGUUCAGGUUCCUUUUCUUUGUUAAACAGUCAAACAGCAAACGUUCGUUGUAAGUUCAUACAUCUUAAAACGAUUUUUAUUCCUCCAAAAUGAACAUAAAUUACACACGUGGACUAAUCGUUUUGAUCGUUCUCGGGUGUGCUAUACAGACCGUAAGUAUAUGAAAAAAGAGAUUCGUUUAGUUUGUUAGUGAUUUUUUUUUUUUUUACCUAAUAUCAUUUAGAGAAAAUGUCUAUCUAUUUGCACAAAUUUAAGUUCUUUUCUCUUAUUGUACUUUAUUAUAUAACGUCUGCAUUCCAUAAACGCAUGAAACUGCAGUAGUAUAAUUUUUCAAUGUUCACAUUAAUCGUUAUUUAUUUUGCAUUAUUUUCGGCAUUAAUAUUAUGCCGUUUUAGUAUAAUACGUGAUAUUCAAAAUCUAUCACAUUGCACAUUGAUGGAACUAUUAUUGAAAUAUAAAAUAAUCUAGCUAUCAUUUAAAAAUGUAUAAAACAAUUAUUAUAAAUGACUUAAGAAGUUGUUGCUUUUAGCGGGUUUACUUGUCAAAAUAGUCCGUCAUUUCUAUAAUUCACAUGUUGUACGUUCACUAUUUAAAUUUAAAUUAUUGUAGUGAAUAAUUUUUCACAUAGAAAUCAAUUUGCAUUUGUUAACCAUUAUCUUAUAUUUACAGAUCAUUGUUAAUUUCACGACCAAAUUACUUUAUCACAAUAUUAUAAUAUAAUUUCGACAUAUUAUCAUGACUUUGUGAAAACAUUUCGUAAAAAAUGUUAAUAUUUUAAUUUUAGUAUUUACUACUAACAAGAUAAUGUAAAUGUUCAAAUAGCAUUUCAAAAACGUAAUAUUGCGAUAAUGUAAUUUUAUAAUUUUAUCAAACAAAGCCUAGCUCUAUCUUACAUUCUAUUUACUUAACACAUUUAUGUACACUAUGCCAUUAAAAAUUAUAAUUUUAUCAACUUUAAUUUCAAAUUACAUAAUAAACUAUCAAAACAUACAGUUGUUAUGAACGGUUGUUAAGUUGCGCUCGUACGGGUUGUUCCGUUCGAACGUUUUUUUUUUUCAGUAAUGUAAGGAUUCAAUUUAAGGAAAGAGUACAACAAAACGGUUUUAAGUAUUUUUGUGCUAAUAUCAUUUUAAUAUGAGUCGAGACGACGUAUUGUUUUUACAAUGAUAGAGCGACUGACUAUCCGGUUUCCUCGAGCGUGCCGUGUCGAUACAACGUUCCUGGAGCCAUCUACACACUAGUCAUUAUCGAUAAACUACAAUCAUAUCAUCUUAUAAUAUAAUAUAUACGUGCGUUCUUAUAAUAUACACUUAUACUAUAUACCUAUAACUAAAGGGUUCAUAACACAGUAAUGAACAAUAUCAUAAAAACGAAUAAUUGAUAUAGCUAACUUAUAAUAUAUAUUACACUAACUGUCCCGUCGAACGGUGUUCGUGUCAGUAGACAAAUUAUCAUUUGCUAGAUUAAGCGAUAAGAUGCUUAUUGAUAAUUUUGUUCUUUUUUUCUGCCUCGCCAUCUCAUCAUCUUCCUUCCUCACCAUAAUGGCUUCCACCAUAACAAAGAAUGCCGCCCUAUAGCGGUCCACCACGUCUACCAUCUUUGCGAAAUCGAGGGGAGCCGGAUCACCGAGACCAUCGGCCUACAAAGAAGAUCCAUAACAUGCUCGGGAAGCAUGUCACUCCCCAUAGACACCCCCUGACGCUACUUCGCUCCUCCACCUAUCGAAGGCAUCUGAAGGUCAUGUGCUCAGUGGUCCUCAACCCAGCAAUCCACGCUCCGGACCAAGCAGCCACCCAAUCCGGUGGAAGUAAUGGCCGAAACAAAGAAGAACAUAACCACUAAGGACGAUGGCAUAUAGACAGGUGUUGAACACCCCGAGCAGCGUCUUCGGGACCAACCGAGCCACCCGGAUCAACGCCUAAUUAGAUACGUAAUCAGGAUCCGGUGCAGCAAGUCCCAGGUCUUACUCCAGAAUUUGGGCACCACAACCCGACAGAGAAGACUCAGCGUCCACAGCUUUCCAAAGCUCUCACCAGCAAAGUUCCAGUGAAGCGUGGGUCGCAACGCGCAAACCAUAAAUUUAAAGAACAAUAAUAACUGGUUAACUAAACCAAAAAAAGUUAUAGAAGAACAAAAACCAUUAAUCGUAAAAAAAAACCAUUUCCAUUUGAAUCCCAGAUUUAAUAUAUUAUUAAAUAUAUAUUGUGUUAAUAAGUUUGUUAUAAAUAGUCGUAUGUUAUUUAUUUUGUUUCUACGAGAUCAGAAUUAAUAAAUAAUUACAUUUUAUUUCUCAUAAUGAAUAUGUAUGAUGAAUGGUGUAUAUUAUAUUAGAUAUUCUAUUACGAGUAUAUUAUUAUAUACUAUAGACUAUACGUACCUAUAUAAAUCUAAAUAAAAACUGUUUGCAAUUUCAGAGUUGUACUAAAUCAUCUAAAAACCCCGCUAAACCCUCAAACGGCGAAACCAAAUCCGGAGAUGACAAGACCGCCGCUAAAAGCAAUAACAAACCUACUAAGAAAGACGCAAAACCCGAAUCUGAGGUUGAAAACAUGUUGUUAGGCGUUGCCGAAACAAUACAAAAAUGUAUAGACGAAAAAACGAUGAAUAAUAAAGAUUUUAAACAGAAAUUAGAUAAUCUGUAUAAAAACCUGGUAAAAGAUAAAAGUAAGUUUUAAUAUGUUGUAAUAUUUAAUAGUGGCUUAAAAAAACGAGGUUCGAUUUAAUUUUAGUUGACAUAGCCAUAAAAGAAAGCAUAGCCGUAGUCAAUGAAAUCGAAACAAACUUUAAGAAUAAACAAGAAAUAUUGAAAAAAAUGGAAAGUACGAAAGAUAAGCAAAAUGAAAAGAAAUCCAAUACAAAAUAAGUAUAAUUCAUUUGUUUUUUAAAACAUUGUUUUACACAUCACGAUAAACGUACCUACACGACAUACUAUUUUCGCUUAUAAAAAGUUCAAUAAUAUAAAUAUUGAAUAAUAAUAAUAUUAUUCAACAAUAGUAUUAUGAACCUAGUUAAAAAAAUAUUAGUAGUGUUUUAUUGAUAAUGAUUUGUUAUUUCAACAUAUUUUCAAUAAAUGAUUUCAAGAGUCAAAUUCACAAAAAAAUGUGUUAC